UUGCCCUGGUAGUGGUCACAUUGUGAGGUGGUUCUGGUUACAGGCCACAGGGUUGAGGUGAGAGGAGACAGAAGUGGUGGGGGCAGUGGCAGCCUCCUGGGCUCUGCCUGCCCCCACCCUCUGCCUUCUGUCACCCCUCCCUUCUGUCACCCUCACUGUCAUGGGCAGUGCUUACCACUGGGAGGCCCGUCGGCGGCAGAUGGCUUUGGAUCGGAAGAGGUGGCUGAUGGCCCAGCAGCAGCAAGAGCAGGAACUGAAGAAACGCCAAGAACAGGAACGGCAAUGUGAGGAGAAAACCCAGCCACCUCAGGAGUCCCGGCAGAAGUCGCAGCCACCCCUGGCGCAAUCACAGUUGCCACCUAUGCCACAGCCGCCACAGGUGUCCCAGCAGCCACCACAGCCGCCUCAGGCAAAGCAGCCAAACGCCCAAGAAUGUCUUACUCAGUGCACCCCCCAGUACAUCCUCCAGGAUUCCCAGAGGCCAGGUCCCCACAAGGACACAUACCAAGGAGAGGUGACCAACCCUCAUGGUCCUGGUGGCAAGAAAUCUAGCCCAGAUACGCAAACCAAGUACUCACGACUCUCGUCAACAAAUUACAUCCAGCAAUGGUGAUUCAGAAAUAGACCCAAGAUUCCACUGGCCAUCGGCAAAAAUCAGAUAAGUGACCCGACCUUCUUACGACCCAGCAACACCUCCACUUCAAAAGCCAGUCCCUCCUGAUCCACUCUGGCAGAGGAGCUGAGCCAGGAAUAAAAUGAUUUCUUCCUGGAAA